GGGGCUCUUCCUCGCGGCUCUGACAUUUAAAGCGCCUGCGCUGCAGACGCCGGAUAGCCUGCGGUCAGCGGAGCGACUGCGCAGCAGCGGGAACGGUGCAUUUUUAACCGCACGUAGCAUUAAUCCUUUAUCACUUUCACGGAUAAAGAGUCGCUUUUAGUCCGUUUUCGGAGAAAUCUGUGGAGAAGCGCCGCCGCAGCCUCAAUGUAAGAAGGACGUCGUCAUUCUGCACGCGCCGCGUCUCCUCCUGGACCGCUUCUCUCUGUCAAUGAAAGAUCUGCAUCGUCUGCUCUUUAUUUAAUAAUAAUAAUAAUAAAAAAUAAUAAUAAUUAUAAUAAUAAAGAUGUGCAUUUAACGUGUGGUUUGCGCAUUUCGGCCGCGCGCGAAGAACAGCGGUCAUAUAUUCAUGUGAAUGCAUUGAUGUUUUUUUUUUUGUUUUUUUUUAUUUUUUUUAAUGAAAAUUGGUCUUAAACUUUAAAGCCUCGGAGGAGGAGACCGUUACGAAAGAGGAGGGGAAGACUAGAGUCCCUGCGAGCAAUGUUUUGGUCUUAAACGCAUGAUUAGAGGUUACCAUGAUUUGCUGAAGGAGCCCCUUUUUUAACGGCCGAUCAAGCAGAACCGACUUUGAAAAGUACAUUAAAAAAAAAUUGACACUGCAUCUUCAUCCUAGGCUCUGUGUGUAGAGUCUGCUGUCCUGUAGAGUACGUUGUAGGGUGUCACCAUGUUCAGCUGGUUGGGUAACGAUGACAGGAGGAAGAAGGACCCCGAGGUCUUCCAGACAGUCAGCGAUGGACUCAAGAAGCUGUACAAGACCAAGCUUCUGCCCCUGGAGGAGCACUACAAGUUCCACGAGUUCCACUCGCCGGCCCUGGAGAACGCCGACUUUGACAACAAGCCCAUGGUCCUCCUGGUGGGACAGUACUCCACUGGGAAGACCAGCUUUAUCCGGUACCUCCUGGAGCAAGACUUCCCCGGCAUGCGAAUUGGUCCCGAACCCACCACAGAUUCCUUCAUAGCUGUGAUGCACGGUGACAUGGAGGGUCUGGUCCCUGGCAAUGCCCUGGUGGUCGACCCGAAGAAACCCUUCCGGAAGCUCAAUGCCUUUGGCAAUGCCUUCCUUAACAGGUUUGUGUGUGCCCAGCUGCCCAACCCCGUGCUGGAGAGCAUCAGUGUCAUAGAUACCCCAGGGAUCCUGUCUGGGGAGAAGCAGAGGAUUAGCAGAGGCUACGAUUUUGCGGCGGUCCUGGAGUGGUUCGCCGAGCGCGUGGAUCGCAUCAUCCUCUUGUUCGACGCACACAAACUGGACAUCUCGGACGAGUUCUCGGAGGUGAUCCGCGCCCUCAAGAAUCAUGAGGACAAAAUCCGCGUAGUGCUUAACAAGGCCGACCAGAUCGAGACGCAGCAGCUCAUGCGCGUCUACGGUGCUCUCAUGUGGUCGCUGGGCAAGAUUGUCAACACGCCCGAGGUCAUUCGCGUCUACAUCGGCUCCUUCUGGUCACAACCCCUGCUGAUUCCAGACAACCGCAAGCUGUUUGAGGCCGAGGAGCAGGACCUGUUCAAAGACAUCCAGUCCCUUCCAAGGAAUGCGGCCCUACGCAAGCUCAAUGACCUCAUCAAGAGGGCGCGGCUGGCUAAGGUCCAUGCAUACAUCAUUAGCUCACUGAAAAAGGAGAUGCCUGCUGUUUUUGGGAAGGAGAACAAGAAGAAGGAGCUGAUCAACAGCCUUGGAGAGAUCUAUGCACGCAUAGAGAGGGAGCAUCAAAUCUCUCCGGGUGACUUCCCCAACCUCAAGAAGAUGCAGGACCAGCUCCAGUCUCAUGACCUAAACAAGUUCCAGCCCCUGAAGAUGAAACUGCUGGAUGCAGUGGAUGACAUGCUGGCGCAUGACAUUGCCCAGCUGAUGGUGCUGGUUCGGCAGGAGGAGACCCAGAGGCCCAAUCAGGUGGUAAAGGGUGGGGCCUUUGAUGGUACGCUGAACGGUCCCUUCGGCCAUGGCUACGGCGAGGGUGCCGGUGAGGGAAUCGAUGAGCUCGAGUGGGUGGUGGCCCGUGACAAGCCCAUGUACGAUGAAAUCUUCUACACCCUUUCUCCCGUCAAUGGCAAGGUGACGGGGGCCAAUGCCAAGAAAGAGAUGGUGAAGUCGAAGCUGCCAAACACGGUCCUAGGCAAGAUCUGGAAGUUGGCUGACAUUGACAAGGACGGCAUGCUAGACGACGAGGAGUUUGCCUUGGCCAACCAUCUCAUCAAAGUCAAACUGGAGGGUCAUGAGCUGCCCAGCGAGCUCCCACCACACCUUGUCCCCCCCUCCAAGAGGAAAAACCCAGAAUAAAAAGGUGGAGCUGGAGGGGCAGGGCAAGGGGAGGGACCGACAAAGAAGCCAUGUGAGUGGUAGGGCUAGAAUGUUGAGCGGAAGAGGCAAGUGAGCAGGACUGGUGAACCGCACUUCGGCAUGCGUAUAGGAAAAGACUAAACUCUUGUGUUUUGUGGUAAUACUCAGUGUAAGGGGUGGGAGGAGGGGAUGGGGAGCAGGCUUGGGAAAAGUUUGCUGUUCAUUGGUUUUGUCUUUGUUUGGUUGGGUUUUUUUUUUUUUUUUUUUUUAAGAAUUAACUAGUCCUGCUGGUUCCUGGAGGUUUAUUUAGGUGAGAGCUGAAGGAAAGCAGUGCAAAGGACUUCUACACACCACACGCCCACAGACCUCCCCAAGGGGACUUCACUGUUCGCCAACUCCACACGCAUCUCUGCUGCAAGAAAGGAAGCCGAAUUUGAAGGAGCUUGACAGAAGAAGAAAGUUUCUCCUUGUCUUCACUUUACUGGUCUUGUCAAUGUGUCUUUUUCACCUGGGAUCCGAGGCAUGCUUUAUGGGCGGGUGGGGGGAGACGAAGCAAACACAUAAAGCUUCAGUCUUACUACUACUUGUGCUGAUAGAUAUUAUCCUAGAUUAAAAAAUGUGUAUUCAAAUCAUGUACUGAUAUGAACCCUUUUUUAAAGUAGAUCUAGCGGCAUUUUCUUCUUGUAAACAGGCAGCAUCGUGAGACACACAAGCUCUGCCUAGCCUGACAGAAAGACUGUUAAACUGUAUAGCUGUCGGAAAUUUGAGUCAAAACUUCUAAAUGUCUAGUACUGAAACCGCCUUUAGAAUUAGUGUCCCAAUCUACUGACCGUAUGUUAAUGUCUAAAUAGUGUGGCAAUUAUAUAGAGUAUAUAUAGGAUAAAUUUUUAAGUUUACCGGGAAGGGGAGAUGUCGAGAUACCUCUGUGAGCAAGAGUAUUGCUAUCGCUGUAUGGCUUCCAUUAGGAGGUGACCAUGCUUUUUGUCCUUUAACUGUUGUCACAUUUAAAAAAAAAAAAAAAAAAAAAAA